AAGAACCGGGAGGCAUCACCUUUGUUUCCACAAGAACAGCUGCUUCCAUCAAAAGAAGUAACCUCUUAACAUUUUCUCAUUGGUCGCAACACACAAUGGCAGUCAUUUUGAGGAGGCUCCUAGUCCCCAGCCUCAAGAUUUCAAUAGGGCUCAACAGUAUUGGGAAGCCUGCCCUGCAGGGCUUCCUGAACUCCUGCCAGAUUUCUUCCUCUUAUGACAGGAGUCAAAAAUGGUGGCUGAACUCCUGCAAGAAGAAGAAGAAGUGGGUGAGAGGACACAAGAUUGUGCAUAUUGCUUGGUGCAGAGAUAAAACAGAUGACCCCUUCCAGUUUUCAGAUGGAGACAACAGGAGAUCUCCUUACCCCAUCUGGAGGUUGGCCAGCAGCAGGUGGAAUAGUAAAUUGCUACAACCUGAAAAUCUACUGAGGUGACUGCUUCAAGUAAUCUCUUUAUAGAGUCAGAAAUGACCCAUUUUUGUGUCAAGGGGAUACCCACUAAGAGGGUUUUCCAAAACUUGCCGCAGAAAUUAUAACAGUAGUAAUGAACAAAACAGUCAGCCCACAUAUGUCUAGGGUUAUGCAAUAAGAAGGUGGAAUGCCUGAGGAAACAGUGCCUAGAGCAACCAAAGAGACAUUUCAGUACAGGAAGAAGAGUUUGGGGUGAGGAGGAUAGCCAUUCCCAUAUAUAUUCAAUUCUGUGGAAAUAAUGAUGGGUGGGAAUUGCAGAAAAGCAGUUCAGAUGGUGCAUUGUAUCAGAAGUGACACAAAUACUCUGGAAGCUUGAAGUGAUUAUAAAUCCAUCUUGCUGUGUGUUCUUCAGCUGAUUUAAACACAAGCAGUUUUAAAAUCAUAUUUCCCUUUCAUACCAUUGGCAGAAAACAGGUUUAUAAACACGUUAAGGAGACAUUCCUAAGCAGGACUACUCCAUGGUACUAACACCAGCAUUUGGCAGCAUUUCCAAAGCCUGGGUGAAAUCAAUGGAGAACAUUUUCCCCAGCUCAGAUCUAGUAAUGUGGAGUGUUACAUCUAGAGCUCAGCUAUGCCUGAGAUAUAUAUCAGCAAUCUUAUAUUGAUAAGACUGGAAUGUGACUGACCUGCCAUUGCUUCUCUUGCUCCCGCUCCCAUCGGCUUUGAUGCCGGAAUAUUUGAGAAUGUUCUGAAUGCUUGGGGCAAAGAUCACAGCAGUUGAACGCCGAGAAUGAAAUUGCUCUGAAGAAAGAAAUUGCUCUGAAGAAAGCUAGAGCCUCCGUCCAUUUGGCUGGAAAUGGCAGGGAUGCCGAAGACGAGAAAACUGAGAGACAAAAGGGGCCAGCAGGUAAGAAGGUGGAGCAGAUCCUGUCAGAGUUUCGGCUACAGGAAGAGGAUCUGAAGACAAUAAUGUAUCGAAUGCAGAAGGAAAUGGACCGAGGGCUAAAGCUGGAGACCCACGAAGAGGCUUCUGUAAAGAUGUUGCCCACUUAUGUGCGCUCCACCCCUGAAGGUUCAGAAGUUGGAGAUUUCCUGUCUUUGGAUCUUGGGGGCACCAAUUUCCGAGUGAUGCUAGUAAAAGUAGGGGAAGGUGAAGAAGGGCAAUGGAAGGUGAAGACAAAGCACCAAAUGUAUUCUAUCCCAGAGGAUGCCAUGACAGGAACAGCUGAAAUGCUCUUUGACUACAUCUCAGAAUGCAUCUCUGACUUCCUAGAUAAACACCAGAUGAAGCACAAAAAGCUACCUCUGGGCUUUACCUUUUCCUUCCCUGUGAGACACGAGGACCUCGACAAGGGGAUCCUGCUGAACUGGACUAAAGGCUUCAAAGCAUCAGGAGCUGAAGGGAACAACAUUGUGGGGCUGCUGAGAGAUGCCAUCAAACGGCGGGGGGACUUUGAGAUGGAUGUGGUAGCAAUGGUCAACGACACCGUGGCAACCAUGGUGUCCUGCUAUUAUGAAGAUCACCGAUGUGAAGUAGGCAUGAUUGUAGGCACGGGUUGUAAUGCUUGCUACAUGGAAGAGUUGCAGAACGUAGAGCUUGUGGAAGGGGAUGAAGGCCGGAUGUGUGUAAACACCGAAUGGGGAGCUUUUGGAGAAUCAGGAGAGCUGGAUGAGUUCCUUUUGGAAUAUGACCGUGUGGUGGACGAGACUUCGCUUAACCCCAAUCAGCAGCUGUAUGAGAAGAUCAUUGGCGGGAAAUACAUGGGAGAGAUCGUGCGGUUAGUGCUGCUAAAACUCGUCAACGAAAAUUUGCUCUUUAAUGGAGAGGCUUCGGAGAAGCUCAAAGCCAGAGGGUCCUUUGAAACCCGUUUUAUCUCACAAAUUGAAAGUGACCCUGGUGAUCGCAAGCAGAUCUACAACAUCCUCACUUCUUUUGGGUUGAUGUCUUCAAUAACGGACUGUGACAUUGUUCGUAUGGCGUGUGAGAGCGUUUCCACACGGGCUGCACAGAUGUGUUCAGCGGGACUGGCUGGUGUCAUUAAUCGUAUGAGGAAGAGCAGGUGUGAGGAGACAAUGAAGAUUACAGUUGGUGUCGACGGCUCUGUCUACAAACUCCACCCCAGCUUCAAAGAUCGGUUCCAUGCAACGGUCAGACAACUUACACCUGGCUGCGACAUCACUUUCCUGCAAUCUGAGGAAGGCAGCGGGCGGGGAGCGGCUCUCAUUUCUGCCGUGGCUUGCAAAAUGGCCUGUAUGAUGGGCCAGUGAAACACCACUGGCAAAGGACCAUUGAAAGGGAAGCCAACCCACCUCACACGGGCAGCGCCUCCAUCUGGUGCCAGGCUGAGAGCACAAACAACAGAAAGAAGGUUUCUCUGGGAGGGGGGAGGGGGAUAGAUGGCUACUGUGUUCCUCCAAAGCACCCUUAGCCUCUACCUGUAGACAACACAAUAACUAUUCCAACUGCUGCCUCUCCUUUUCUGUUUUUAAAAUCUUCUCCACUAAUGCAAGUGGAGUAUGCAAUAAACUGUUUCACUUAGUCUGACGGUAGGGUAGGGUUGAGGGAUGAGAUGGGAAUGAAUAUGUUUUGUUUUGUUUUUCUUUUGUGAUAUGCUCUAAAGAAGGGUUCUGGGCUAAACUGAAUCCAGUUGGACUGAACUAUUUCUCCCUCAACAAAUCAGGUUCAGGAGGGAAUUCAUAUUGUGUGCCUGUCAGUUAUUGAUGGCAGGAUUAUCAGUAGCAGCAGGGAAGGAUACUGAGUAACCUCUUUAAUUUCCUGCCACCUUGAGAUUUUUUUGAUGUUUUCGCCAGCCAUUCCUUACAUUCUUCAGUGAACACGAGCCCAAAUGAAUAUCCUUACAAGAGGAAGAACUAUUUAGCUGAUAUGCUUCACCUCUGAUCAUUUGCUCAGUCUCCACAUUUUGGUUAUCACAGCAGCAGCGUUCUCAAAAUUCCAAAAGCAUCCACAGGUUCAACCAAGGCUGGGGACUCCUCAUUCUGGCCUGAUUCCACUUCAGUUUUCCAGCACUAGAAGCUGAAAAAUACACCACAUACAACACCCUGCAGAAAUCAGAUUUCAGAUGUCUCAAUCGAUAGACCUAAAAAAAAAUCUGUGGUACAAACAGAUCUGUGGUGGCUAUUUAAACAAGACAUCUGCACCAAAAAAACACAACCGCACGUACAAUUCUGUUUGUAAAACAUCUUCCCCAUGACAAGUUCCUUCAGAACCCCCAUUUCAGGUCAUAGUGUUAUUUGACUCUGAUAUCCUUCUUACUGCCAUGAUGUCUUUGUUUCUGUCUCCCGCCAUGCUGCAGGAGCGUUUUGUAUUUAAAAUUUUAAGAAUAAAAAAUGUAAAAAAAAA